UACAGUAAGUUCAACAUUUUGAAAUUACAAACACUUUCUUCUCGCAGUUGAAUGUGUAGACCAGCUGCUGCAACUUUGAGGAAUUUGUUUAAAGAUUUUUUACAUGGUGCAAGCCAUAUGCUAAGAGCUGAUGGAGAAGUUCAUGUCUCUCACAAAAACAAAGCACCUUUUUGUUAUUGGAAUCUAGAGGAGCUUGCUAGCAGAUGCUUUCUUGUGUUGAUUCAGCUUGAGGCGUUCGAGAAGAGAAACUACCCUGGUUAUGAGAAUAAGAGAGGAGAUGGGUCUAGAUGUGACCAACCUUUCCUUUUGGGAGAGUGCAGUACUUUCAAGUUCAGAUUCUCUCGUGUCGCCAAGGAACUUUAUGCAGAGAAGGUGAAGGAAGUAGAAUCAAAGUGUCCCCGAGAGUUAUCAACUCGGGCGAUGAAUAAGAAACAUGCCCGUUUUGAAGACAGCUCGAUACAUCUUGAACUGCCAAGAUGCACUAAACGGUUCAAAAGAGUUUCUCUUGAAAUGCAUAAUGGAGAAUUACAACGAAUGGUGAUACGGACGAGGUUUCCUCAUCACUACACUAAAGAAUCAUCAGAAACACGCCGCCUACUUUGUCAAGACUAUGCAGUACAAGCUAGCCAAGAACCGUUCCCUGAACGCUCUCUCCGAUUCAGAGGAGUUUCUCAUGGAAUUCAUAACGGGAGAGUACGAAAAAUGUUAAUACGGAACAGCACUGGAGAAUCAAGAAAACUAAGAAUGAGGAGGCAGAGGAACCUUAAAAUCAGGUGACUCAUAUCCAAUAAACUUCAAGGAGCUUCUGAGGAUAACUUUGAUGGAAAGAAGAUGACUGAAACUUGGACUCACUAACAAAGCUGCAUUCUAUGUUCUCUUUUGUUUAUUAGGCUGAUUACUGACAGCUCAAAACCGCAAUGCUCUAUAUGGAGAUAAUCUUUUGUUGUAAUUGUGUGUAUUUAUCUGGAUGUUUUCCUUUUGGAGAUUAUGUAGUUGAAAUGAUUGUGAGUCUCGCGACUUGCAUUGUGGAGAAAAA